GUUUGAGGAAAGAGCCGGGUGCAGCGCAGGACCCCACGAGCCCCUCUGCCCCCAGGUUCUCCCAGAUGGUGCAGGACAAGCCCCUGCGCACCUCCUGGCAGCGGAAGGUGAAGGAGCGGCAGGAGCGGAAGCUGGCCAAGGACUUCGCCCGGCACCUGGAGGAGGAGAAGGAGAGGCGCCGGCAGGAGAAGAAGCAGCGCCGCGCCGAGAACCUGAAACGCCGCCUGGAGAACGAGCGCAAGGCCGAGAUCGUCCAAGUGAUCCGAAACCCCGCCAAGCUCAAGCGGGCGAAGAAGAAGCAGCUGCGCUCCAUCGAGAAGCGGGACACGCUGGCCCUGCUGCAGCAGCCGCCCCGGCAGGCAGCCAAGGUCUGAAAGGCGCCUCUGCCGGGCCCGCACUCCCACUCCGGCUCCGUGGGCGGGACCCACUCUGGAUGGGGCCCUGAGCCUCUGGGACUCUCAGGCAGGUCUCUGUGGGACAGCCCAGAGGGGGCCGGGCCCUGGCAGAGGUUGGGGGGCCGGGGGAGGGUCAGCUCCCUCCCCUCCUUCCCCAAGUGCCUUCAAGCCCAGGAGAGCCCGUUCUGCCUCCUCGGGAAGCUGGUGCCUGAAGGGUGACUCCCCCAAAUGUGCAUGUUCUGUCUCAAGGUCUGGGCCCGUCCCAGACCAGGAGGCCGGCAGGGAGAACCCAGCUCCCCAUCCCUUCCCGAGCUGCUGUGCACCUCUGCACCCACUGAGCCCACUGAGCCCAGCUCCACCCACUUUCAACACUGAAAGGUGGAAAGGGGAGGUUGCAGGGUUCCCCUCCAGCCCCUCUCCUGUACCAGCCUCUGCAGAAGCCCCAAAGAUGUGCCGAACUCACGCCCAUCCAGUCUACAAGCAUAUUUAUUGAGCACCUGCUGUAUACAGGCACAGCACAGGUGCCAGGGAACGCAGAUGAGUCGCUGCCCAGGAGCUCUCACUCCCACGGAGCAAACAAUAAACAGUGUAUUGCGCAGCAGGUGGCAGCAGUGCAGUGAUUAAAGCGGGGAGGGGCCUGGGCGAGAGGUUCCUAAGGAUGUCUGUCUGUCAGCUGUACAGCGGCUGUUCAGUUUGCUGGUUACCUGCUGUGGGCUGCCCUGCCUGGUCCUGGGAGUGAGCAGUACACCUGCCCAGACUCCAGGGGCCCAGCCAGGGGGUGGCACAGGGAGCACGGGCUCUUCCACUAAUGCCCCAGGAUGCAGAGUCCAAUGUGCGGUCUGACCUUGAGUCCCCGGCAGGCGGAGGAAGGAGACCUGCUGUCCUGGGCACACAAGCGCCUGUGUGGUCGGAGGUGGGCGCUGCAAGGCUCUUGGGGUGACCAGCAUUGCCUGCGCGGCGUGCUUGGGACACCAGGCACCCAGAGGUGCACAUUAGCUAGGGAUACGGGCCGUGACCCGCAGCUGCUGUGCACAUGAAAUACUCCAGACCGAGGAGCAUCCGUGAAGACACCCACUGCACAUGGCUAGCCUAGUUCCCAAACACUUGACCACGGCACCCCUGUGCUUCUCCACCUUUAACACUGAACAAUGCUGGGCCAGUGGGUGGAGAUGGGGCCCCCACAGUCACCGUCUCCAUCAGCUGGGGUGCCAGGCUGUGCUCUCACCACUGCAUAGUAACUGAGCGAGUGAACUCGGUGGUCAGCGGGCGGACUCUGCUCUGGGCAAGUCACUAACCUCCCUGCACCUCCAUUUGCGCGUCUGUAGCAACGGGCUGAAAGGACCCGUCCUCCACAAUGUGGGCAAGGUGCCCGGCUCAACAUUGCUCCGCAGCCUUAGACUGGAACAGUGCUCCCCAACCUUCCUCACUCCUCUACUCCAAAACCACAUCACUAGUUUCUGUAAAAAAAAAAAAAACCGCCCCCUCCCCCCAAAUCUGGUAAAGUUGAGCCCCAAG